AUGUCUAAAGUUAAGCGGAGCUGGGAAGGAUUACGUUUAAACGAAGGGAAGAAGGGCGUCUCAAUCUACCUGUCAAUCUGUUUAUCUCUUUCUCUCUCUCUCUCUCUCUCUCUCUAUUUCUAUCUCUCUCUCUCUCUCUCUAUCUAUCUAUCUUACCAUCUAAGUGUUCAUAUCUAUCUAUCUAUCUAUCUCCAUUCAAUUUUCUCCUUACAAAUCUAUUAUUAUGAGUCUGUUCAUAUUUAUUUCAGUCUUUUAAUAUAUCUUUCUCUCUAUUUCUCUCACUUUCUCUCUGUUUCUCGGUCAAUCUCUUUUUCUCACUCUCUCUCUCUCUCUCUGUCUCUUUCACUCUGUCUCUCUCUGAAUUCUCUUUCACUCUCUUUUCUCUCUCUUUCACUCUCUCUUUCUCUUUCUCUUUCACUCGCUCUCUGUUUUCUCUUUCACUUUCUUUUCUCUUUCUUUUUCUUUCUCUCUGUCUUUCUUUCUCUCUCUCUUUCACUCUUUCUUUCUCUCUCUGUGAUACUGAUUCCUUUUCCCCACCUCUCUCUCUCUCGCUUUCUCUCUCUCCCCCCCUCUCUCUCUAUUGGCAACUUCCUGUUCGUUCUUUAUUCCUCAUUGUUUCUUUGUUCAUUUACGCCAUCUAGCUAUCUUUCUAUUUCUUCAUAUCUAUCUAUCUAUCCUAGCUUUUCUUUUUUUCUUUCUUUCUUUCUUUCAUAUUUCUUUCUGUCUGUCUGUCUGUCUGUCUGUCUAUCCCCAAUAUCUAUCUAUCUAUCUAUCUAUCUAUCUAUCUAUCUAUCUAUCAGGACUGAGCAUUUUGUUUUUCUCUUGCGUUGUCCUUUCUUUCUUCUGGUUCUAACCUAUUUUAACAUGUUUUUCUCUUUAUCUUUCACUUUCUUCUUUUUUUCAGAUACUGGUUCCUUUGCUCGCUCUCUCUCUCUCUCUCUCUCUCUCGCUCUUUCACUCUCUCUCUAUUUCUCAUUCUUCAGUCUACAUUUCUUCUCGUCCUAUCUUUCUUCUAUCCUUUCAUUUCGUUCUAUUCUUUCGUUUGUCCUAUCUUCUCGUAUUGACUUACAUUUAUCCUUUUGUUUUAUUCUUGUGUUUAUCCUUACUUGUUGUUCUAUCAUUUCGUCUAUCCUUUCCUCUUGUUCUAUUCUUUCGUCUAUCAUUUCUUUUCGUUCUAUUCUUUCGUUUAUCCUUUCUUCUCGUAUUAACUUACGUUUAUCCUUUCUUGUCGUUCUCUUCUUUCGUUUAUCCUUUCUUUUCGUUCUAUUCUUUCGUUUAUCCUUUCUUCUCGUAUUAACUUACGUUUAUCCUUUCUUUUCGUUCUCUUCUUUCGUUUAUCCUUUCUUUUCGUUCUAUCCUUUCGUCUAUCCUUUAUUCUCUUCCUUUCUUUCCUCUAUACUUUCUUCUCUUUUUCUUCUUCUCCCCAUUGCAUUCUCCUUUCGGAAUUCUUUGCUUCCUCUUUUUUCUUUCUUUCGCUUACUCUUUUUUCUUUCUUUCGCUUACUCUAUUCAUACUCCUCAUUUUUUUUUGUUCUCCUUUUCCUUCCUUAACUUGCUUUUUUUUUUAUCUCUCUUCGAAGUACUUGUCUUUCCUUUGCUGACUCUUUCUGUCACUCCUUUCGUUUGCUUUUCUCUUACUCCUUGCCUCUUCUGUUCUUUUUUUUAUCUCUCUUUAGCAAUCUUCUUUUUGCCUUCUGAUUUCUUCGCUCUGCCUUUCUCUCUCUCUCACUCUCUCUCUCUGCUUCUUCUUCCUUGGCUUUUUCUUUUUUUCCCACCACUCCACAUUUCAUUUGCUGUUUCUUUUAAUAUUUCCUUGCAGUUUUCUAUUUCUAUUUCUUUCGCUUUUUCUUUCUCUUUCGAUUGCCAUUUCUUCACUUGCAUUCUUUCUUCCCAGGGUUUUUCAUUCCUUUUUUUUUUUCAUCUCGUUCCUUUCUUUACUCAUAUUUUUUCGACCAACAUUUCUCUCGCUGAAUCAUUCUCUCUCUAUUUUUUUUUUUGCUUCCUCUCUUUUUUAUUUACUUCUUCUUGA